UUGUCUAUAAUUCACUUUGACCUUUUUGACGGACUACUGUCCUUGGGCAACGUGAGUUUUCUUGCUGUAAAGAGGAGAUUACGUAUGCGCACCUUUCAAUUUCUUUAAGUGUUGCAAGGCUCAAUAAAUAACUACGGUAAAAGUGUUCUUCCGUGGGUUUUGUACAUCUGUCAAAUCGGUUCGUCAUAUUGAAGUCGGAGAAUUGCGCAGUAACACGUUUGAUAAGAUGUCUGGGAACUGUAGGCCCUUGUUGUUUGCGUUAAGUCGCUCUGUGGUGGGGAGACAGGUCUCCAAGAGCUUAUUGUCGCAGAGUAGUGCCGCAGGGACCAUAACAGUAGCGGAGAGAUGUGGCCGUCCGCGGUUCCAUCACCAUUGGACCGCCGCACUGAAACCCCGGUAUCACAGCCUCUCCGUACUGCACUCCCAAGUCGGGCUACACUCAGAGUCAGGGGCCCCCUUCAAAGAUGAUGACUACCCACCUCUACCAGACUACAACUCUGACCCAGGACGGGAGAAGAAGGAGGUGUUUAUCAUCAGAGCUAAAGGACUUCCGUGGUCCUGUACCACUGACGAUCUCAUAGAGUUCUUCUCUGAGUGCCGUGUGCGUGACGGUGUGAAGGGGAUCCACCUGACGGUGAACCGGGACGGGAAGCCCAACGGCCAGGCCUUUAUAGAGCUGGAGCAUGAAGAGGACGUCAGCAAGGCCCUGGAGAAACACAGACAGUACAUGGGACCGCGCUAUAUAGAAGUGUUUGAGGUGAACAACAGCGAUGCGGAGGCCAUCUUGAAGAAGUCAGUUCAGCUCCCAGCCAGAGACGGCGUGGUGCGGAUCAGAGGUCUCCCCUACAGCUGCACCGAGACUGACGUCAUGCUCUUCUUCUCUGCACAGCCCCCCAGACAUGGUGAGACAGACAGACCUGCAGCACAGCCCCCCAGACAUGGGUCUCAUCCGGUAUCUUCUCUGCCCCAACACUUUGUUCACAUGAGAGGACUGCCCUUCCAAGCCACAGGAGAUGACAUCGUUCAGUUCUUCUGUCCUCUAGCGCUGUCGAGGAUACUGGUGGAGUUCGGUCCGGACGGGAGGGCCAGCGGAGAGGCUGAUGUUUACUUCACAUCACACCAAGACGCCGUCUCAGCCAUGACCCGGGACAAGGCACACAUGCAAGAGAGAUACAUUGAGCUGUUCCUGAAUUCAACAUCAUCUGACGAGGGGGAAUGAAGGUUGCCAGGGGUUCUCAGCGGAGAUGACCUGUGUAUCAGAGGUGGAAAUCCCCGUCGACUGGAUGUGGCACCAUUUGUAAAGGUGUAGAAUAUAAUAAUAAACUACGUUAAUCCAA